GGCCCCUCCCCCCGCCCCCCCGCGCCGCCCGCGCCGGGGGAAGGAGCCGUUGGAACCACCAUGUCCUAUGUCCCCUUCCGAGAUGUGCGAGGCCCCCCCCCUUUGGCACGCGGGCCCUACGCCCCCUCCCCCUACGAGCGGCCGCCCUGGAACCCCCGGUUCUGCAUCAUCUCCGGGAACCAGCUGCUGAUGCUGGAUGAGGAGGAGAUCCAUCCUUUGCUCAUCCGGGAUCGAAGGAGCGAACCGUGCCGGAGUAAACUGCUGCGCCGGACCGUCAGUGUCCCGGUGGAGGGGAGGCCCCAUCCCGAGCACGAUUACCACGGAGGCCGCUCCCGUAGGAAGAGCGUUCCGGGUGGGAAGCAGUACAGCAUCAACAUGGACGCCCCCCCAGCCCCCCCCUUCCGGCCCUCGCAAGGCUUCCUGAGCCGCCGCCUCAAGAGCUCCAUCAAGCGCACCAAGAGCCAGCCCAAGCUCGACCGCACCAGCAGCUUCCGGCAGAUCCUGCCCCGCUUCCGCAGCGCCGACCAUGACAGGGCCCGGCUGAUGCAGAGCUUCAAGGAGUCCCAUUCGCACGAGUCCCUGCUGAGCCCCAGCAGCGCGGCCGAGGCUCUGGAGCUGAACCUGGACGAGGACUCCAUCAUCAAGGCUGUGCACAGCAGCAUCCUGGGCCAGGAGUUCUGCUUCGAGGUGACCACGGCUUCUGGGACCAAGUGCUUCGCCUGCCGCUCGGCUGCUGAGAGGGACAAAUGGAUCGAGAACCUGCAGAGGGCUGUGAAGCCCAACAAGGACAACAGCCGGCGGGUGGACAACGUCCUGAAGCUGUGGGUGAUCGAGGCGCGGGACCUGCCCCCCAAGAAGCGCUACUACUGCGAGCUGUGCCUGGACGACAUGCUCUACGCCCGCACCACCAGCAAGGCCCGCACCGACAACGUGUUCUGGGGGGAGCAUUUCGAGUUCAACAACCUGCCCGCCGUGCGCACCAUCCGCCUCCACCUCUACAAGGACACGGAUAAGAAGAGGAAGAAGGACAAGAGCAACUACGUGGGGAUGGUGAGCAUCCCCAUCGCCAGCGUGACCGGCAGGCACUUCGCCGAGCAGUGGUACCCGCUCAGCCAACCCAGCGGGAGCAAGAGCAAGGCCGGGUGUCCGGCGUUGAGGGUGAAGAGCAGGUUCCAGACCAUGAGCAUCCUCCCCAUGGAGCUCUACAAGGAGUUUGCCGAGUACGUGACCAACAACUACCGGAUGCUGUGCGCGGUGUUGGAGCCCGUGCUGAGCGUGAAGAGCAAGGAGGAGGUGGCCUGCGCGUUGGUGCACAUCCUGCAGAGCACCGGCAAGGCCAAGGACUUCCUGUCGGACAUGGCCAUGACGGAGGUGGAUCGCUUCAUGGACCGGGAGCACCUCAUCUUCCGGGAGAACACCCUCGCCACGAAAGCCAUCGAGGAGUAUCUGAAGCUCAUCGGCCAGAAAUACCUCAAGGAUGCCAUUGGUGAGUUCAUCCGCGCCCUAUACGAGUCAGAGGAGAACUGCGAGGUGGACCCCAUGAAGUGCUCAGCCUCCACCUUGGCCGACCACCAGGCCAACCUGCGCAUGUGCUGCGAGCUGGCCCUCUGCAAGGUGGUCAACUCCCAUUGCGUGUUCCCGAGGGAGCUCAAGGAGGUCUUCGCCUCCUGGAGGCUGCGUUGCGCCGAGCGGGGCCGUGAGGACAUCGCCGACCGCUUGAUCAGCGCCUCGCUCUUCCUGAGGUUCCUGUGCCCCGCUGUGAUGUCCCCCAGCCUCUUCGGGCUCAUGCAGGAGUAUCCGGACGAGCAGACCGCCCGCACCCUCACCCUCAUCGCCAAGGUCAUCCAGAACCUGGCCAACUUCACCAAGUUCGGCAGCAAGGAGGAGUACAUGGCCUUCAUGAACGAGUUCCUGGAGCUGGAGUGGACCAGCAUGCAGCAGUUCCUCUAUGAGAUCUCCAACCUGGACACCCUCACCAACAGCACCAGCUUCGAGGGCUACAUCGACCUGGGCCGCGAGCUGUCCACCCUGCAUGCGCUCCUCUGGGAGGUCAUGUCCCAGCUCAGCAAGGAGGCGCUGUUGAAGCUGGGGCCUCUCCCCCGCCUGCUCACCGACAUCAGCGUGGCCCUGCGGAACCCCCACCUGCAGAGGCAGCCCAGCCAGGGCGAGCGCCUGCCCCCCAAGGGCCUGGUGCUGCGGGGCCCCUCGGCCGACCUCCAGCCCUACCUCGUGCGUGACCUCAACAGCUCCGUUGACCUCCAGUCCUACAUGGUGCGGGGCCUCAAUAGCUCCAUGGACGUCCCCCGCCUUCCCUCCCCCCCUCAAGAGAAGCCCCCCCAGGAGGUGCUGGUCCUGAGCCGCCCCCCGCUUGCCCGCUCCUCCCCUGCCUAUUGCACCAGCAGCUCGGACCUGACCGAGCCCGAGGGCGGGCGGGGGGCCCUGGGGGUGGGCAAGAGCGUGUCCAUGCUGGACCUCCAGGACGGCCGCGUCGACAGCGUCCCCAGCCUGCCCGCAGAGCUGCUGGCGGCGGGGGGACCCCCCCCGGCACCCACACCAGGAGGAGGGGGGGGGGGGCUCCGUCCGGGCCGUUUAUCCCAAGGCAGCGCCUCCAGUUUGGCCCCGCCUCGUUUGGGGGUCCCGGAUCCCCAAUUGAGGGUCCCGCUCUCCUUCCAGAACCCUUUGUUCCACCUGGCCGCCGACGGCCCGUUGAGGGGUGCGGAACCCGGGGGGGGGGGGGAAGCAUCCUUCGCCCCCCCUUUGCAUGGGUACAGCAAGAGCGAGGAGCUGGUGGCUCCCCCAGCGUCCAAGCACAUCACCCAUAGCCACAGCUACAGCGAUGAGUUCGGGAGGCCCGGGGGGGACUUUGGGAGGAGGCAGUUGUCCCUACAGGAUAGCCUGGCCCCCCCCCAAAUCACCAUCGGGGCACCCCCGCCGCCCACCCCAAGGGGGGCAAGGGCAGGGAAAGGAGGGGGAGCGGGGGCCUCGGCUCUCGGGGUGCCCCCCAAGCCCCGGCCGGCCAGCGGGAACCUGUUGGCAUCGCCGGAGCCGGCCUAUGGGCCACCGCGGUCCAGGCAACCCUCCCUGGCCAAGGAGGCGUCGGUGGCGGGGAUGAAGGCACCGGUGACGAAGCAGGCCUCUCAGACGCCGUCGACGCUGAACCCGGUGAUGCCGGCGGCGGAGCGCACGGUGGCCUGGGUGUCCAACAUGCCGCACCUCUCGGCCGACAUCGAGAGCUCCCACAUCGAGCGCGAGGAGUACAAGCUCAAGGAGUACUCCAAGUCCAUGGACGAGAGCCGGCUGGACCGGGUGAAGGAGUACGAGGAGGAGAUCCACUCGCUGAAGGAACGGCUGCACAUGUCCAACCGCAAGCUGGAGGAGUACGAGCGGCGCCUGGUGUCGCAGGAGGAGCAGACGAGCCGCAUCCUGCUCCAGUACCAGCACCGCCUGGAGCAGAGCGAGAAGCGCCUGCGCCAGCAGCAGGCCGAGAAGGACUCCCAGAUCAAGAGCAUCAUCGGCAGCCUGGCCCCGCAGGCUGAUGCUGGUGGAGCAGGAGCUGCGCAGGGAUCACUUGGGCGCCCACGACCCGGCCGAGGCCCGGCGGCGGCUGCUCGACGCUCAGCUGUCCGUCAGGUAGCGCCUGCCAUUGUCACGGGACCCCCGGCCUCCGGUGACACUCAAGGAGAGGCAGCUUUCCGCCGUGGGUGCAGCAGACCCGGGUGUGAGCUGGGCCGGGGAUGGGGGGGGGUUGCUUGGGGGGGGAUGACGGGGGGGUCCCCCCCCCAGGGCGACCCCCGCUUCUGCCCCCGCCACCCCCGAUCACGGCCAACGGCGAUCUGCGCGGCCCCGCUGCUGAGCACUAGCGCCCGCCCCCCGGGGGCGCGCCGGGACCACCGCACCCCCCCCCCCCCGCCACGUAAAGGGGUGGGCGGAGCUUGGCUGCUGACGUCACCGCUCGGAGGCGCCCGUGGUGAGCGCGGGGCGGGGAUGGGGCGAAUCGGGGGGUUCGGGGUGGGGGUGAAGGGGGUUAUGGGGGACCCCCAUGGCGAUAGGGGCCCAUAA